GCGUAAAAGCCUUCCCUUUUUUUUUGUUUGUUGCAUCGUUGUAUAUUCUCUCUCUCUCACUCGUCGUAUAAGAUUACCCAAAUUAUUUAGCAAUUCGCCACCUAGAAAUCGAUUUUGUGCCCUCAUUUACACAUCUGCACGACCAGUAUGGUGAAGGAGGUUGAGUAUUAUGAGAUCUUAGGCGUCAAAACUGAUGCUUCAGAAGCUGAGAUUAAAAAGGCUUACUACUUAAAAGCAAGGAAAGUUCAUCCAGACAAGAACCCUGGAGAUCCUCAAGCUGCUAAAAACUUUCAGGUAUUAGGCGAGGCUUAUCAGGUUUUGAGCAAUCCGGAGAAGCGAGCAGCUUAUGACAGAUAUGGCAAAGACGGUGUUCAACAGGAUGCAAUGGUUGAUCCUGCAGCUGUGUUUGGUAUGCUUUUCGGAAGCGAAGUCUUUGAAGAAUACGUUGGGCAGCUUGCGCUUGCUUACUUGGCGUCAAUCGAAGCAGAUUUAGAAUCAUAUGAGCCUGACAUCAGAAAGCAAAUGCUUCAAGAAAAGAUCAAAGCUCUGCAGAAGGAGAGGGAAGACAAGCUCGCUGCUACAUUGAAAAACAAACUCGAACCAUUUGUGGAAGGACGAAGCGACGAAUUUAUCGAAUGGGCAAACGAAGAGGCAAAGCGGCUUUCCUCUGCUGGUUUCGGUGAGGCGAUGAUGCAUACGAUUGGCUACAUUUACACAAGAAAAGCCGCUAAAGAAAUAGGGAAAGACAAACGAUUUAUGAAAGUGCCCUUCUUAGCGGAGUGGGUGCGUGACAAAGGCCACCAUAUGAAAUCUCAAGUGAUGGCUGCUUCUGGUGCGGUUUCGUUACUUCAGUUGCAGGAUGAAGUGAACAAGCUGAAUGAACACCAAGGAGAGAACAAAGAGGAGCAUAUUCAGAAAGCCAUUGAAGCUAAAAUGGAUGCUUUGCUUCAAUCUCUUUGGCAAAUCAAUGUUCUCGACAUCGAAUCCACUCUGUCUCAUGUCUGCCAAUCUGUGCUUAAAGAUCCAAGUGUUUCCAAGGAUGUUCUUCGGGCUCGAGCCACAGGACUGAGGAAACUUGGAAUGAUCUUCCAGGGUGCUAAGAAGCCAUACACCAGAGGAAGCAGCUUGCGUCACGAAUCCGCCGCCGUGAACGUGAAACUAGACACCGGAGGUUCUUCAAAGGCGACGUCUUGAAACUCCGAUCACCGUCAUCGGGAGACUCUGUUUUCAUUUUUAUGUUUUUUAUUUUAUUGGCUCAAAUUGGAUUUGUUCUUCUACUCCCCUAGUUUUGUAGAGAUUGUUUUCUAAGAUAAAUUUUUUGUUUGUGUAGAUGAUUCAUCGAUAUUUGAGCAGAACUUAUUAUAACCAUUCGAAAUUAUUCAGAGCUCUUCGAUUAAACACCAACAGAAGAAAUAGUGUUCUUUAUUUGAUUCUUAA